GACAGAACGUGAUCUUCGCGUGUAGACGGACCAUGGCGCUGUGUAGCUCUGUGUGACAGGUUAGCAUCCGAUCAACACCUCCGGACUGACGCGUCUGCGCACUGAGAUCCUCCGCAGACGGCCACGGCGGGGUGACACGCAGGGAUGGGGUCCCGAAUCAAGUAAGAGCGAUUAUCCGCUGCUUUCACUGAGCACGUUAGCCUCCUGCCGCUAAGCUAGCUGUGUUUAUGUGAGUCAUUGAGGAAGAAGCAGCUCAGUAUGAGGCCCUGACUUGUUGCGACAGAGAGGCUAAAAACACUGAGCUGCUGAUCUAAGUUAGUGCAGAGGACAAACAAAGCGUUUAAAUAGACAGACUGAUCAGAUAUGUUAGCAGGAAGCUAACAGGCUCAGACCGUGAUAAACACAGAACAGUCAGGCUGUGUUCGAGCUUGAACAGCUGAUGUAAACACGGUACUGAACCCGCUUUAUUAAACAGAAGCUUGAUGUCAGGCCAGAGGAACCGAACAGAGAGCUGAGGGUGUUUUCCUCCUCCGGUGUAAUAAUGUAAAUAUUGCAUUAAGGAUCUGACUCAUCUGUCAGGAGGGUUUGGCACAGACACACGUUUCAUUUGAGGGUUUUGCCUCUGGGUAUUGGACUGUUCAAACUACAGGGAGAUUCAGGAAAGUUACUGACAUGUCUGCACAUCCACACUAAUAUCAAAAGUAGUAGAGUGAAGAUUUUUACUCUCAGCUGGAAGAUGAGCCCUAAAAAGGUCACCACAUCAGUCUGUAAUGACCAUUAUCACAAAAAAAUCAAACUCUGUCAAAUGUAAAGGUAGAUUUUCGCUCCUAAUUGAAAUUAACCAUUAACUAGAGAAACAUUUCACAAUAUAUACUGUAAAUAUGAAACUGCUCUUGAAAUGCCUGAUGUGGCUCUAAAUGUGUGGUUUGUGGUGCUGUAAACUGUGCCGUAAGAGUUAGUUGCUGCGAAGUCUCACUUAUUUGCCAGGUUGAGUGUCUUCUUGUUGACAAUACUCCUUCCUCUUCCCUUCCCUCUUCCUCUAUUGUUGGGUGGCACCCCCCCCCCCCCCCCCCAACACACACACACACACACACUUAUUUUUUUUCCACAGCUGCACAGUGUCCAAAUAGGGAGAGGGCAAAAUGUGUACUGUACUAAAUUGUCCAUACAUUUACUGCAUCACUGGCCCUAAAUAUCAAUAUCAUUUUCAGUGCUUAGAGGAAGUUAAAUAAUGGAUAAGUGAAAACGUUUUGCAGCUAAAUGCAGACAAAACUAAAUGGUACCGAGACAACAUCUCGGUACCAUUUAGGAGCAGCGCACGCCCCUUGUAAUAACCCCUGUAAAAACUGUUGUUCAGGACUGCUUACUUCUGCUUCCUACCCAUUCGGCCACUGUAAUAACCGUUGUUCUAGCCUACACGCAACAUUUUUGUUCUCACUCAUGAAACGCUUAAAUCGGGGACAUUUUUGGGGACAGCUUUUGCCGGGGACAGGUCAUCCAAUUAGGGGACUGUCCUCAGAAAUCAGGGAUGUCUGGUCACCUUAGACAAAACGGAAACACUGGUUACUGCCCCUGAUGACUCAAUUCCAGGGAUUAAACAGUACUUGGGUGACUUCGGCCAGUCAGCUAAACCUAGCCUAAGAAACCUGGGUGUCAUCUUCAACAAUGACAUGUCCUUAGUGCAACACCUUAAACAGUUGAUGAGAAACUGCUUCUAUCAACUGAGGUAAAUCUCUAAGAUUAGGAAAAUGGUGUCGCAAAAUGACUUUGAGCUCAUCAUUCAUGCCUUUGUCGUCACAUUUAGACUACUGUAUAGAAGCAGCUGAAGGUAUUCUGAAGUGUUGGAAACAGACAGCAGAGGCAUUACUAAAUAUCUUUAUUUAACAAAAAUACAUCUCUAUUUUAGGAUCAGUUUAAAAAUUCUGGUCCCAACAUUUAGAGCCUUGCAUGGUCAGGCUCCAUCUUACAUUUGUGAUCUGAUCCAGCCUUACACCCCCCCUCGGGCUCUGAGGUCCGUGGAUCAGAAUCUGCUGAUAGUUCCAUGCACUUGUUUUUGGACCAGAGGAGACCGAUCCUUCCAGGCUGUUGCCCCCAGACUUUGGAAUGAUCUUCCUUUCUCAAUGCACCUAAUUGACUCUGUUGACUCCUUUAAAAGCCAACUCAAAACUUAUUUAUCUGCUCAGGCUUUUUUUUAAUUGUUUUGGGGCUGCUAUGACUGUUUAAUGUUGUUGUCUUGGCCUUUAAAUUUGUUUGUACAUUUUUUAUUUUUGUCUAUGUGAAGCACUUUGUGACUCUUUUGUCUGUGAAAAGUGCUAUACAAAUAAAGUUUACUUACUUACUUACUACUUCCUAAUAUUUCAAUUUAAAAACAGCUCUGUAAACAGAUUUAUUCAGUCAGUGUUGCACUGUCAUGACUCCUCAUAGUGCAGCUGCAACAUAAAUUCUGCGCUCGUGUUCAUGAGACCCUGUUGCAUCAUUAUUAAUAUCUCAGCAAUAUUCUCAGCAUGAUUUUGGAGUUGGCUGAUAACACCUGAAAAAGUUGAUAAUUGUACCAGUAGAUAUAAAAUUUCUGCAGACAUAGUUAUAUUGCAAAAAGGUGAUGCAUUAAUCAUGUGCUUGUGAUGGCAGCUCACACGUGUUGGCUGCAUUGAAGUGUCUGAAGGUAUUCUGAAACAGACAGCAGAUGCAUUACUAAAUAUCUUUAUUUGACAAAAAUACAUCUCUAUUUUAUGAUUGAAAGAAAAAAACUGCCACAGCCAGAGCGAUAGGUAAGGAGAAACUUACAGUUAAGGAAAAGUUGUGUAUAUCUUGGUAUCAAUAUCGGUAUUGACCGAAUGAGUUUGAGGACAUUGGAAUGUGAGAUAUUGGCAAAAAUCCAUUAUUUUGCAUCCCUCGAUAAUUGGUAUAUUGUUGUUAUCGCUGUAUUCACAUGUAAGAUCAGUAUAUUUCUGUCUUGUCAUGCAGUUGUGGUACUUUUUAAAUCUUAAGUAAUACAUAAAAAGUUUAGGAUUGUGUGAUCCUCUAAUGUUAAUAUUCAAAGUGGAUAUGUUUAAUGAGGAUGAACAUGCAGACAAUCCCCUGAGUUUAUCCAGACUGAUCCAGAUUCAGAAUCUUUUUUUGUUCUCCCAGAGUUCAGCAUGUAUGUUUUCUUUCCAAAGCUGUGUUUGAUUGGAUCAGCCUGAUCCAGAUACAGACUUUCCAAGAUUAUCCACUUUAUUUGGAUUACCAGCACUUCAAAUUGGACUACAUAUCCCAGUGUGCACCACUUUCUCUUAAAGAGUUUGAAAAGGAUGUACACUUGCUGCCUGAGAUUUUCAGUUUGUUCUUGAAUGCUUUUUGUCCCGUCUUUCUCAGUAUAAAUUAAUUUCACUUUGUAGUUUAUUCAUUAUAAACCCCGGCUGUGUGUUGGCAGAGGUCUGUGGAACUGAAAUGUGUCCUGAUCCAGGGUGACAGUUCCCUCUACUGUGAUAUGAACUAACACAGAAACAGGACAACAUGUUCUGAUUCCUUCAAACCUCAGGGAAACAGUCACAGUAUAUAAAGCACACAGCUCAGUUAUGAACUAGAGGUAAAUAAAUGAUAUUUUUAGUGAAUCUGAGCAGAGGAAUCCUCUUGUUUUUCUCUGAGUCUGGGUUACAUCAGCUCUAGAUUGUCACCUGGUACACACCAUGUUUCAGCAUCACAAACAGACAGUCUGUCCCCUCAGAGUGUCUGGCUGUAUAUUUUUGGCCUUGGGGAGUGAGUGUUUUUGUUAAUUUCAAGACAACCUUUUCCCUGUGUUUUCACUCAGAGAUGGAUUAUGUUAUUGUGUAUUCUCUCUCCUGAUUGGUGUGUUCGCCUCACCUGACCAUGUAAACUCUGAUCUCUGCUGUUUUCAUCACGCUGAAGACAGAUUACUGCUGAAAAGCCUCUGGUUGUUUUGCCGACAUUAAAACCGAAUAUAAUCAAAGUUCUCUUUGGAAGUCAAACAAGUAUAUGCCAAGAAGGACAAACAUGCAACUGAGCCAAUCUGAGGUGUUCUCAAAGGUAGUGUGAGUUUCUGUCCACUCUGACUUUAUUUGGUCUGUUUUCACCCUGCAUCGAGCCUAAAGAUCAGCCCUGUCUGUUGUGAAAUGAUGCUUGGAUUUAGGAAUAUUAACACCGUCACAGAGCAGUUACUAUGCUGUAACUGAGCGAGACAGCUGGAAAAAAAGAUCCAUCCUAAUGGCUGGCACUUUUGGCUGUCCUACUAUGAAAAAUGAGAAGUAGUAAUGAGCAGCUCUCCAUCAUGACUAGAGGUCAACACAUUACAGUUUUUGAACAGCCAAUGCUGACUCCAAAAAAGGGGUCAGGUUGUCCAAUGGCCAAAAUGACAGAUUUCAGUGUUAUUGUUUUGUUUGUUUGUUUUUGUUUAUUGCGGCUUUCCUAGUACCUUUUAAAAAGUCGCUUGAGGCAGAGACUAGGUCCUGUAUAUUUGUGUGACAUGCUGCUACUGUUCUAAAGAAUUCACAUUGUUCACAUCAAAUAAACUGCCUUGCUAGUAAAGGGUCUGUUUUGCACAAGUGCAUAAGUGCAUGCAUGCACAUCAUGCAAAAUGAUGACAUGCUUUAUUGUGCACGUCAGUUAUCUGUUGCACAAUGAUGAGAUUAGUGUAGCUCUGAUAAUCUGGGUGGAUGAUCUCUUUGAGUCAUUCUCUGCUGCACUGAUGGUUUUCUUUUCAACGUUUCAAAUAAUUUGGUUUGAGGCAAAGAGAGAGCUAUGACUCGAACACUGAAUUUUGUCCUGAAUGUUGUUGUAUUCUGUCCACCAAGAUUUUAGAAACAUAAGUGCAUAAUGAACUCAAGUUCUGUUCAGGUGAACUAAAGGACAGAGCAGUAGAGACGCUGUGAGUAAAUAUUUGAAAAGAAUCACAGAGCUUUGGUUGAAGACAUUAGUACAAGACUCCUCUUCUUUGGUAAACACGCUCACCUCACUUUACUUCAGAGGGUAACAAAGGACAUAUUAAUUGUACAUUGUCCUUUCUGUGUUGUAGGGAGAGCCCUGAGUCCACGUUUGAGGUCUAUCUGGAGGUGUCACAGCCAGGAAUACACUCCUCAGGUGAGUCUGUGAAAGUUGUCCGAACAUACAUCGAUCUUUUCUGUUUUUUUCUGGUGAUAAAAACUCUUAAAUAUGUCUCCCAAGAUCAUAUAAUCUCCUAAAAUUCUUUGUCAACUUCUUGAGUAAUGAGUCAAAAUUUUUCUCGUCACAUCAUAAGUCCAGUUUACAGACACCGACUGAACAGUUGAAAUGCAUCUCAGUUUCAUACAUGCACACAUCACAUCCUGGAUCUUUAUUUAUGUUUGCCUAACAGGUUUUGUUAUUGGACUUAAAUACUCUAGAAGUACUCUAUAGUAAUUUGUGGUGUUUUUCUGCACUUAGAUUAAUUGAACAGUUAUAUUAAUGCUCUCUAUUUAUUAGCACAGUUUCUGGAUGCACAGCUCUUUAUAAACAGGAGGCUUUUCUCAGAAUUAAAUAAGAUUUGAAAGAUUUAUGUGACUAUUUCCUGUCCUUAAGAGGUCAGAUAAAAUAUUCCAGAUUAGUUUUUUGUGGAGUUGCACUUUUCAAACAAACUGUAAAGGUUAGCAGACUCUGGUUUGUCUUAAAAAGUCCUGAAUGAAACAGGUUUAGACCAGCUGUUUAUGACUUCAAGAUAAAAUGAUGGUUGGAUUAUAUAAAGUCAAUCUCUCUGUUGUCUCAGAGGUUUCUUCUUGCAAUCUGUGGUUUGUGACUGAUCAGACUUCCUGGGUACACAGGAAUCGCUUUGUUUCUGAGAAUCUCGUCCUGUUGGACUCUUUUUCCUCGCAUCGCUUCCUGUUUAAUCUUCAAGAUACUCUGGCAUGCAAAACCUGCACAAUAUACCUGCUCUGGAAAGUUUUAACAUGCAUUUUGUUCCAGUCUCAGUUGCAGACUAGCUUUACAAACAUUUCAUUACUUAAAGUCAUGCUCAGGAGUGAACUUGUGAUCUUUUUACAUGCUCAUAAAUUUGCAAUUUUUUGUUUAUGCAGUCACAUGCAUGCAUGUGUAAAAGCCUUACCUAAAUACCCUUAAAAAAGUGUUUCAAAUAUUUUCGCUUUUUCAAACAAUUAUCUCACCAAGACCAAAGGUAAGACGCACACAGGGUCACCUGCAGGAGAAAGCACACACCUAAAACCAGCGAAACAGAGGAUAAAAGGUUUUUGGUUUCUGUUUUAUUCGACAAGUCCUCUACUGGAAAGAGACUUGUUGUUGGACUGAGAUGCAAAACAAAAAGCACUCCAACUGCAAAGAAAGAGGUCUACACUUUGUUUGGCUCUGAAAUAAGGAGUUUAUUUCUAUUUUUCCUGGCAACAUUUGAACAAAUCUGAGCUCAGUACAGCAGAGAAAUAAACCACUUAUUUUAAUAGACCCAAGGUUUUUGUAACACCAUGAAAAUAAUCUGCAUCUAUAUGGGCCACAGAGAAAGAAAGCAUAAAGUUUGUGGCUAUCUCUUACAGUUUUUUUGCAUCCACUUUUAAAAAAGCAGCACAUGUUUGACAUGCAUAUUAAAGAACAUAUAACAUAAUACCAGUGACUUACGAGGUCAAACACACGUGCCUCUUUAUACUGUGGCUGUAAAACCUCAGUGUAGUCUGAGCAUGGACUUUUUAUUCAUCUCUGGAGGGCGAUCGGUUCAGCUGCAGCGGCAGUAAAAACAGAAACUCAGAGUGAGACAGAGAACAUACCACACCACACACACAUUAGCAUGUGUCAUAAAAGCCUACAUAAACACAGAGGUUAAAGGUGAACACAUGACACACGGUAGGAGAGGUGUUCAUGCUCCACUCACUUCACACAGUUACAGUGUGAGAUUGGACUUCUGUUGCAGCCUGUUUCACUCUGAGAUGUUUGAGGUCUGUUCAAAAAUGCAUAAAUCAAACUAAUAGAGAUAUCUCGUUGAAAAGUGGUUAAAGGGGUGAAGAGCAAGUGAUCAAAAAUGGUGAAAAAAUAAUAAGAUAAUGUGGCAAUGGUCUGUAAAUUGCUCAUUGGCUAACAGACCUGUCAAUCAUGUUGUUAUACCCAUUUAUCUAAUUCAAAACAAACUUGUCAGCAAGAUGAACUCUGAGACAUAAAUCAGCAUGAUAAGAGACGACUAUAAUGACAGAAACUCUGCGUUGAUUUGGGUUAUGGAGGAGUGUACUUGUGACCAAUACUGCCGACGGUCUGCAGGGGGCGCUCUACAUGUCUUAGUUUCACUUUCAUUGUGUUCAUAUUGCAGCAGUCGACAUUUUACUGUGCAGAAAUGUUCUUUUCCUGCUCACUGAAAAGAAAAUAUUUUGAAGCUGUCAGUAAAAAUGAAUCAGAUACUGGGCUCUACAGAACUCCACUGAUCAGUCAGUGUAGAUUGUCUUGUUUGUUUAAACUUGCUCUGAUGAGCUGAAUUGACUCAUUGCAUGAGUUACAACAAGUUUUCCUCCAGAAGUUGUAAACUCCUCCUCCCUUUUUUUAACAUGUGUGUUUGUGUGUUUCUCUCUAACAGGGCCGGAGGUGAGGAGACAGUAUCCGCCAGAUUAUACAGACCAGGUCUGAAAUACUUUAUUAUUCAUAUAUAAACUGCAUCUCAUCCUCUGUCCUGAACAUUUUUUUCUAUCAGUGCAUGUUAUCAUGAAAUUAAAUGCACUAGUUUAUCUAUUGAUUUAUCCUUUUGGACUUUUUUCCAGCAGAGUUAUCAAACAUUUGUGUGUUCAUGCUACUAAAUUAUAAGACUGUAUUGCUGGCAACACUUUAGUCAAAUGUAAUAAUUUUCUUUUUUCCUAGUUUUUAUACCAAAUACAUCAAUAAAAAGUUCAUAAACUAGACUUUGUAUAAUAACUGUGUGGUUCUGUUUUCUAUGAUCCUUUUCUUUCAGGAAACUCUGAACACGGUGCCCAAAUUCUGCUUCCCCUUCAGCAUGGACAGGUACAAGCAAACACUCCCUCACACUGUGUCAUUGUAGCCAGGGUUAACUCUGCUGCAUCAUGUAGUUAUUGCAAAAAGAAAGGGAAAAGAAAGACUAGUUUUGCAUGUUGAAAGUGAUUCAUUACAGAAACUUUACAGCUGCAAACGGUCAGUUUUCUAACCCCACUGCAUCUUUAGUUUUUCUGCACAGACUGAACUCAUUAGAGCACUUCAUAAUAAUGAGUUAAUUACAGUCAGCAGAGAUAAAAGAACAUCCUCAGAGAGCUCAAAGCUGUCCUUCACACUCUGGGCUUAUGAAUGAUCUAAACUCUGCCUCCUUCAUCCUUACUACCUCCCUCCUCUUCCCCUCCCCCUCUCGUCCUCCCCGCUGCAGCCUGACAGUGAACCAGGUGGGGCAGAACUUCACCUUUGUGCUGACUGACAUUGAGAGCAAACAGAGGUUUGGUUUCUGCCGUCUCUCCUCAGGGGCUCACACCUGCUACUGCAUCCUCAGGUCAGUCUGUGCGUGUGUGUGCAUGUGGUCAGCAUUGCUUCAAAUUUCAGUAAACUCAGCUGGUUGUCUCUAAGUUUUUAUUGAAUAGAGCUGGAAAAGAUCACCUACUUACUUGAAUAAUGACCUUUUUCUUAGAGACUACUGAUUUUAUAACCAGAAGAGUUGCCCCAGCUGGACUUUAAAAUACUACAUACUGUGAUUUUAAUUUGUAUACGAACAAAUAAUGUAAUUCAAAACAACCCUGUCUGUCUCCUCAGCUACCUGCCGUGGUUUGAAGUCUUCUACAAGCUGCUAAAUAUUCUUGCAGAUUACACCAUCAAAGGACAGGUGAGUCACGUUUGAGGACGCUUCAUUCAUAAAUCUGUCGCUCAGUUUUUUCUUUGUGUCUCAGCUCUCUGAACUAAAUUUAAAAACUUCUCUAUUUUAAGUUCCUUUUUGACAGAUCUCUUUUAGCUUUGAAAAUUGGAGAACCAGAAAACCGUGACCUUACUUAACAUAGUUUCUGUUGAAACUGGUUUAUAUACAUCCCUUUCUUGAAGACAGUCAUGGCACAAGUUGUACUUUUGAAAAUUACCAAACAACGAUAACAUGACAUUUUUCUUUGAAAUUUGAAGCAUUUUUUUCUGUUUGUAUUUUAGAAAGAUCAUCUUUUAAUGAAUUUGUUGAAUGUUAAGUGUAUUUCUUAUUUAUAUUUCAUGAUAUUUUGUGUUGUCUAAAGGCUUGUUGCAUGUAUUUUGUGUGUCCGUAUACUCCAGGAGAGUAAUUGGCACGAGCUGCUGGUGUCUUUGCACACUCUCCCCAUCCCCGACCCCGGAGUCCCCGUCCAUCUUGGCGUGGUGAGUCUGAGUUUAAUUCACAUCUCUGCAAACACACAUCUGUGAACUGACAGUGAAAAUACAGCAAAUCCUUCUGUGUAACCAAACCUUGGUCUUUCUGAUUCUGCACGGAUAACCACAAAGACUUUAUCAAACUCACGUCUCUUCUCUGCUGAUGCAUAAGGCAGAGUUCGUUAAGAUUCUGGUUGUAGGUCGUCAUCGCAUAGAGGUUAAUCAUUCAGUUAUUAUUCUGCUCAAAACUCAGCGCUUAGUCUCAUAUUUCUUCUUUUUGAUGACUUAGACGUCUCAGAAACCCUCUCAGAUUUUCUUUAUAAAUCAUACCCAUGAUGUACCAUGUUUUCCUGUUGAUUCUAUGUCCACUGUCAAAUUCUGUGAUUCUGUUUGUGUAUUCAUACUGCAGAAGUUAUGAACCCUAGAUUAUGAACUCCUGUACCAACAUUGAUUGUAGUCAUUCCUGCAGAAUAGGAGCAGACUGACAUGCACAUGAAGGCAUAUUGUAUCUGAAGUGCGUUGGCCUUGAACUAAAAUCCUGAAUCUUCUCAAACAGAUGAUAGAUGCUCAUCUGCACCCAAUACCAGCCAUUAAAUAAAUCCACUGUGGAUCUGCAGAGAGGCUGCCUCACCCUGUUAGGAGGAAAGAUCUCUGGUUGUUUUGUCUUGUCCUGAUCUUGUUGUUUUGUGUCUUUGCAGCAUUCCUUCUUCACUGUGCCUGACACAGGGGAACUCCCCAGCAUACCUGAGAAUGUGAGUGCUGUCAUUUCACUAAUGCACAGAGAUUUUUCGAAACAAAACACUCAGUCUGUGACAUUUAACUGAGGAGAAAAGCUCUGCAGAUUCAACUGACAUGUUUCUAUGAGAAGUCAGAAGUCAGGAAAAGAUAAAUUUCCUAAAAAGGGCUGAUCAGUGAAAACAAACCAGGAUGAUCAGCAUGUUAGAGGAGAUGUUUUAAUGCUUAAACCUGCAGGAUUUUUACAGUAAGAAGUACAACAUGCUUAUUUUUACAUGAAGCAUCUCCUGGUUUGUCUGUUCAGGCCUCUACACACUAUAAGAGAUUGAUGGAUUUACAUAGACAGAUCCUGACAAAGAGGAAACACACUGACUCUCUCACUGUGUGUUCAUGGCUGCCUGAGGUCAUAUGAAUGUAAUUCUUUGAUCGUUCAGAUUUGAUUCAUAGACAUUAUGACUUUUCAUGUAGCUACAACUCUUUUUUUUUAAUAUAAGGACUUUAUUUACAUCACUGAAUGUCGUCACUCUUGUGAUAUAAUGGCUUUUUAUCUUGAAAUAUGAUGGCUUGAAAAAAUACUGCUUCGUUUCUUACUACAAAAUGACUUUGUUCGAAACACAUCAUUCAGAUUCUCUUGAUACAUGAUGACUUUUAAAUGAUGGCAGGACUUUUAGCCUUGGAAUAUAAUGACUGUUUACGUUUUAACUCAAGAACUUUUUGACUCUUUUGAAUUGUUAGAUUAUGAUUUAGAUUUAUUACAUAUCGAUCUUUUGAUUGGAAACAUGAUGACUUUUUUCUUUGUUAGAUAAUGACUCUUCUAACCUGAACCAUGAUGACAUUUUGACUCAAACCAUGAUGACUUUUUGAGUUUUAACAAUGACUUUUGAUAACAUAAUGAAUAUUUAACAUCCAAAAUUGAGAUGUUUUAACCAUCUAUAUGACUUUUUUAUAUACUGACUAUUUCAAUAGGAACAUUAUUCAUUUUUGUCUUGUAACAAAAUUACUUUUCCUAAUUGAAUUAUAAUGUCAUUUUGACUUCUAACCUCAUCACUUAUGACAUGUAACAUUAAGAUAUCACAAUUUUAGCAACUUUUAUGUAAUGAUUAUUUUAAUUGGAACAUAAAGACAAUUUGACUGGAAUAUAACCGGUUCAUUAUUGUUACAUGAUAACUUUUUUCAUUUGAAACAUAAUGACUCUUUGACAAACUUUAUUCCUAUGAAAUUCUUUAUUGUUGUACUAUUCAUAUUCUCAUUUUUUAUGCAUCCCCUACACUUGGUUGUGGAAAGCAAGUAUGAAAUGCUCAAAAAACAUGUCAGGAAUUUUACACAGUGUAAUUUUUAAUUGCAGCCUCUUCUCCGCUCAGACGAUUGUGCAGAUACAGUUUCCACCAGCUACUCUCUCUUAUGAUUCAGCCACAGUUUUUAGGACACUCCCAUUUAGUCUGUUUUUCUCUUGUUUUCUUGCAGAGAAAUCUAACAGAAUAUUUUGUAGCAGUAGAUGUCAAUAACAUGCUUCACCUGUACGCCAGUAUGCUUUAUGAACGUCGAAUCCUCAUCUGCUGUAGCAAACUAAGCACUGUGAGUACAUCCACCUCCUGUUUCCUGCAGACAUCUCAUCAAUUACAGAGUUUAGCACGCUCAUUCUGACUGUGAUCCUGAUGAUUAUAUGUCACAGUUAACAGCGUGUGUCCACGGCUCUGCAGCCAUGAUGUACCCGAUGCACUGGCAGCACGUUUACAUUCCUGUCUUGCCUCAACAUCUGUUAGACUACUGCUGGUGAGUACCAUGCAGUCCUUUCAGACAACACUACUGUCAGCACCUCUGGACAAUGACUGCAAAAACAGCUGUUAUUCUUGUCAUGAUUUGUAGUAACUGAGAAACUGUGUCCUGUUUCAGUGCCCCCAUGCCCUACCUCAUCGGAGUGCAUUCCAGCCUGAUGGAGGUAGGUGUCUCUGACUGGGGCAUGGAGUUGUUUUGAAGAUUGAAAUGAAGGAUUUUAAUGAUUCUUGUUAGUGAUGCUCUCUCUUAAUCUCCCUCAUAGAAAGUUCGGGGGAUGGCUCUGGAUGAUGUGGUGGUCCUAAACGUGGACACAAACACUCUGGAAACUCCGUAUGAUGACCUCCAGAGUCUGCCAAAUGAUGUGGUGAGGAGCUGCAGCACUUUAUACUCUCAGUCUUUAACACUGAAGUGUAGAUUAGCAGCUAAAUAUGAGGUCAUGUAACUACGACUUAAUGUCCUUCAGGUUUCAUCUUUAAAAAGUCGUCUGAAGAAGGUUUCGACGACCACAGGAGACGGGGUAGCUCGAGCUUUCCUGAAGAGUCAGGCGUCUCUGUUCGGCAGCUACAGGAGCGCCCUGCAGAUUGAACCGGUCAGUAAAUACUGUGGAGACUGAAGACAUGAGACAGAGAGAGGGUUAUGCACAAUAAAUUGUGAUCUUAAAAACAAAAUAGAAAUUUAUACUGGAUAAAUUAGUUCUUUUUAGACAAUUAAAAUGAUACAAACACACUUUAACAAGAGCGCUCCAGGCCUGCAGGGGUCAGUAGUGACAUCGCUCUAUUAUGAUGUGAUGAUUGAAUGUUGAAGCGCUUUUGAAAGAGUAGGCCUUGUUGGAUUUUACAGGAUUAUACAAUCUGCUAUCAAAGUGUGCGAGUGUCGUUCUGACCAUUGCUACGCCUUUGCAGUAACUUCUGUAAAUGUAAACAGUAAAUUGGAACAUGACAACCUUUUCAUGAACUCCUUGUGGUUCUGGGUUCAAAUACUCCAGGAUGAAAGAAGGUCUCAUUUUCCAACAAAAAACAUAUCUCCGAAAUGUUUCAUGAUAUGAGGUAUGCUACUGCAAAUACAGAGUGCUGCUGUGGUCCUCUCAGUUUUUUGGACAUGUGAUAAUAACCAGCUGUGUGGGUCCAGGAUAUAAACCAGGACGUCUGCGGCUCCUUGAUAGUCGUUCUGUUUUCUGUGUGUUUUCAGGGAGAGCCGAUAACGUUUAAUGAAGAUACGUUUAUCAACCAUCGUUCCAGUGCCAUGAGACAGUUUCUGCUGAACGCCAUCCAGCUGCAGCUCUUCAAACAGGUACACGCACGCACACACACACAUGCACACGCCUUCAGUUUCCUGUAGCGUUCUAACGCGUCUCUGAUAUUUUCUCUCAGUUUAUAGACGGCCGUUUGGACCUGCUGAACUCAGGAGAAGGUUUCAGUGACAUCUUUGAGGAUGAGAUCAACAUGGGGGAAUAUGCAGGUGAGACGACACACACAGGUGGUCUACUUCUAUCAUCACAGGGGCAAUGAAUGCACAUUAUAUUUCCAAUAAUGCACUUGAAGGAUUGAAAAAUAAAAGAGGAACCAUUAAUCAUGUGUUUGCUUCUCUUCUUAUUUUGUCUUUAAACUCUUGUUGGAUUAAAAAUUACAGCUCAGCCGUUACCCAGCAUGCACUCAACUCAAAUGCUGCUAACCUUCUCCUGUUGUAUCUCCUCAUACAGGCAGUGACAAGACCUACCACCAGUGGCUGUUCACUGUGAAGGUGCGAUGAUGCAGACACCACUUGAUUUAUUUCACACAAUGAUAGAGUGUGGCUUUAGCUUAAUUUUGAUAGGGUGGCACAGCCUGAUUCUGUGAGUCUGUGGCCAUGUCUCAUAGGUCAUUUGGGGUUCCUGGGAAGUAUGACCAUAUCUCAUAUUUUUUAAUUUGCAUCCAACAUUGUAUCUGCUUUUUAGCUGGUCAUGAAACAGAUGAAAAGCAAACUGGACUAUCAGCUACAAUAUUGGCUGUGAUUUUAAAUAUCUGAGACCUCUGUGAGGGGUAGGUGUCACAGCAGAAAAAACUGCCUUUUUAUAUCAUAAACAACAGUUCUCAUCUAUCGAUACAGCUGAUUGAUAAGAUAAUCAAGAUUCAGCUCUUUGUCAGUAAAAAUGACUGUGGAUUAUAAAAAACAAGGACAGAAGAGUGACCAGAUGUUCAUCUUUGUAUAUAGGGGGCGCCAAAUUAAACACAAACCAAAAGUUCCUCACAGGAGCUUUAAGUACAUAUAAAUAUAACAGGUCUCCUUUAAAGUUUUUCUAGCUUAAAGCAGUUAAAAUCGUUCAUAUGCUUAUCCUGCUCAUCUGAGAUUUGUUUGCAUAUUUUUGACAGAAAGGGGGCGGGGCCAUCUUUAACACAGUGAAGACCAAGGCAAACCCAGCCAUGAAGAAUGCCUACAAGUUUGUAAGUACAGGCUUGUUAACACCGUGUCAUCAAACUCUGAUCAUUCAGUGAUUGUUUUCUCUUUUCUUUGUUUUGUUGUUAAUGACAAAGCUGCGAGGGGCACUUUAGACCAGGGUGUACUUGAAUUUGAAUUUAAACUUAAUUUUUGUUUCAUUUAUUUAAACAUAAAGACUAUUUUAGAAGAUUGUGAGGGAGAAUUUCCUUGAAAGAAAUAAAAAAAAACAUAGAGAGAAAUUUAAACAUAGAUACAGUUGUAGGGUGACACUCUCCAAGCAGCACAUUAAAGUCAAAAGUCAGGCUUGCAGGUAAAAUUUAUUAGCUGGUUACCCUUUUUUCACUCUGCAAACAUCUAUGUCAUGCAGAAAAGAGCCUCAGCUAUGGUGAGCUGGUGCCAUCUGUUGAAAGUUAGUGAAUAUGGGCCAGCACCAGGCUUCAUGCAAAGACAGCUCCUGACUAUAGACUUUGUCAGAAAUCAGAAAGGGAUGAGUAAAAAGGAUCUGUAUUUAUUUGUCUUUGUUUUCAGGCUAAGGACCACGCGAAGAUGCGAAUCAAGGAGGUGAAGAGUCGACUAAAGCAGAAGGUAAGGAGCUCCAUGCUGAGAACAGACUGUUUAUUCACUUAAUUUUUAAAGGGACUUUGUACAAUAUGAAACAUGUUGGUAAUAUUUGGUUUUUGUUUCUGUUAAAAACUGUCAGAUAAAGUCAGAGUUUUCAUCUCCGGCAGUAAACACUGUUAAAGUUUUCGGUCUCUCCCUCACAAAAAAACACCUCAAACACUCCCCUGACUCACCUGACUCACCUUGACCACCUGUAGCCACGCCGUGCAGCCUCCCUACCCCUCUCCCUCCCCCUCCCCCUGCCCUUGCAGAUCCACCUUUCCUCUCGCCUGUGUCAACCUCCUACCCCCUGUGUCCCCCCUCUGCAGGAGCAGGCGGAGAACGGCUUCUCAACGACAGGGUCGUCAGUCAUCGAUGAUGACAGCACAGCAGAGUUCACCUCCUCCACAGGUGCUGUCAGGAGGGAGGGGCCUUUGAGAACCCUGGAGGACCGGCCAAUCACUGUGCACUUUGGACAGGUGAGAACGAGAAGGGAUGAUGCAGGAAAGAGAAGGGAGAUCAAACUAACAACUAGAUGGGUAGAAGACAUGUCCAUCAGCUCCUCAGAGAUUCUCUUAGUUGGUUACCUUGAAUUUGGUCUAUAAAUUGUACUCAGAUUUACAUUUUUUGCAUAAGCCAAUUUGACUUAGUCCAACUCUUGAGAUCUGGAAGUUUAACCUUUUUUUAUAAUGUGUAACAGUCAAUUUUCAAGCAUUAUAUCCCUCAUUAAUUGUGUGUCAUAGCUUCAGUUUCUCCUCCGACUGACCAUCCAGACUCAGAUAUUGAACCUCCUUAUGUUUGCCCAUGCAUGCAUGCCUCUUUUUCCUUCACCUGACACUCUCAAGAAGCAGACUCUCAAAUAUCAGAUAGCAUCACUCAUUUUGAGUCUCUUCCCAAAGACAAAUGCUUCAGAAAACAGUGGGGAGUUUGGAUGUUUUCAGGACAACAACAGACACAACAUUGCUGUGCAUCAGUGCUGUAUUGUCCUUCAUGAAGCUCAGAACCACAACUGGAAGAAAUGUUACCACAGCACAGAAUGGGAUUAUAGCUGUGUAAAAAGUAACACGCAGAGCUGUGUCUAACUUUCUAACAGAGCAAAAGCAGCAAAAUGAAAGUUUCAGUCAGAGUCUGAAAAGAGCUGAAAUAUGAGGGUUUUCAUUGACGUCAUUCUGAGAUAAAUAAGGAUUGUUUAGAGCCGCUAAUGAUGUUUAGCUACUCGAUGGGUGUCACAGACUGACAGAAUGACAGUGUUAGUAUAAUGGGCCCCUUUAAAACUACAUGUCUGUCUAAGCAUUUCUACUGCCUAAAGAUGUAGAAGGUACCAAAAUAAUGACAUUGUUUUUUCAAUCUCUUCACUAUACCAGUGUACCUCUCACACCUUGUCAGCAAGUCCUUACACAACCAAUAUACACACCCUCUCUCUGUAAAAAUGCCUCAGAUAUUGAUUUGUGGAUUUCUAUUCCUCUCUGGGAUUCUCUCUGGUUAGGAGGGAAGGCUAACCUGAAUAAUCUGGUUUUCCUCGGUUUUCACAUUAUUCCUGCUCUUCCUCAGGCUCGACCUCCAAUGCUGCUGAAGAGGCCGAGCAGUAACGUGAGUCUGGAGAGCAGCCUGGACCAGUAAGCCUCCCCCACACAGAAUAACACACUCUUCAUUGGUCCACUGAUGGAUUCAAAAAGACAGCUUGAAAGCAUUUGCAGAUAAGAAUAAUAUAUAUACAACCAUUCAAAAUGUCCAAAUGCUAUUAAUCCUAGACCGCUUCUCACUUGCUUUAGGUUAUAAAGUCACCCUCAGCACUUCUGCUCCCUAUUAAAUUCUCUGUAUGUUUCAUAUUUGUAUUCAUUAAUAUUUUCAGCAGCUGUUAACAAAGAAAAUAUAGAAACAGUUGGUAGAAAUGGUGUCAAAGUUUAGCAGCAGCUGGAAAUUGUCCCGAAGAAUCAUGAGUGGUUAUUUUCUAAAUAGACAGGCCUUUAACGUUUCACCUCCUAUUUUCUCUCUUUUCCUCUGAGAUGCUUUUUAAUAACAUUUCUGUCAAUCUUUCCUUGUUUCCUUUCCUCUUCUCUUCUCCUCUCUUGCUGUAGCUCUAUCCGUCCCACUCGUCACUACACUGUCUUUCUUUCUGAGGAUUCGUCCGGAGACGAGCUUCAGUACGACGAUGAAUCCAUCUCUGCUUUUCCUGACAGCUUUCUCUUCUCCGUCCCGUUUGAGUGGUCUCCUCUGUACGCAUUGCAGCGCUCUCUGUUUCUCUCUGCACUUUUUAACACAUUAUGACUCUCUUUUCUUUGUGAUCUAAUAUCUUGAAUAUUUUAGUGAGUAUUUUGGUCUGAGGGUUUAAUAGUUUGAACUGAUUUACUUAAAGCAAAAUGGCACUGUGGCUGAAAAGCUGAUCAUUUAUGUGCACCGCAAACAAAAAUAAUAAAUGAAUUGUUAUUUACGCAGCACAUAGCACAUAAUAUAACAUGUCAAACUCCGCCCCCUGCAGGCCUCAGCCGUAUCGCUCUCUGAAGGAGGUGGAGCUACUCGAGGGGGAUGAUCCGGGUUUUGGCGCAGAGAGUCACACGGCUCCUCCCAGCCCUGUCACCGAGAAGUUCUCCAACAUCAACCUGCUCGGGGACAUCUUUGGCUGCCAGGACGAGCCGGACAGCCAGCACAUGACCCUCGCCAAGAGUCUGGAGGACCUGAGGACCCCCAAAGACUCUGAUGAGCUGCAGGCCAAGUUCACCUACCAGGUCAGAGAUCAAACUCUUCCGCUGCAGACAGAAGUUUCUUUAUUUUGAUCGAGCUCUUUCUAAAAGGACAGAGGACCAGAGACAAUUAAUGAUUCAUUCAGAUAUAUUUAUGAGUUUGUUAUAGGCAUCUUAACACGAAAAUAUUUAACUGAACCAAAAAAACAUCUUUUCCACAUGAGUUUUAUAAACGGAGGGCUCUGUAUGUUCUUCAUACACUCCCACAGGUAGGAAGAUCAUGGUGGCUUUGCUUACUUCAAACUGUUUCGCCACUUGUUUAGGGAAACAUGCAACCCAUUUUUAGUUUUUCACUUUCUAAGACUCUGAAUGAAAACUCUUUUCUAUAAAGACAAUGUUAAAUCAGACAAUAGCAGAGAACUUCCACAUCAUGAGCUUUAGCUGUAACACUGUUUGCUUUGAAUAAAAACUUUUUGGAACAGUCUGACAUCCAUUUUUGUAUCAGUUCCCAAAAAGAGGAUUCUAUAACUAAAUCCUGAAAAAGUAGAAAAGAACUGAAUUGUGCUCAGUCAUUGAAGUGGUCAGGUUGUAGAAUCUGGGGUCUUUUAAAAUCUGGAUGUUUCUGUGUUUUCAGCGGAUGGACCUGACCGCAGGCGAACACUCCCGGACCCUCCCAGGUCUCAAACUCUCUAACCAGUCCUACAACAAGCUGUGGAGCCUUGGCACAGAGGACUCCGCCCCACCUGUUCCUGUGCCUCCCUCCCUCAGCAGACCUCCUUCAGUCCAGCUUCCUGCUCGGAGUGAGGCCCCCUCCCCAAGCCGGGACACUUCAAGCCCCGCCCCUGAUCACGCAGACCCCUCCGCCUCGGGGAGCAUCACCAUCCCCCGCCCGCACGGGAGAAGAACCCCAGAGCUGGGGAGCGUCCUGGCUCCUCCUGUGACUCAGCCUCGAGCUAAACCUGAGGGAGGGUCCACGUCGGGGAGACAGGAGUUCAGACAGGCCCUGACCCUGAGUUCUGACCAGGACCUGCUGAAGCCCUGCAGACCUGCAGAGGACAGCAUGGACCUGAUCAGCCUGCUGGACCCCCUGAAAAACUCUGCUCCAGCCAGCUCCACCUCACUAAAUGAAAAUGUAGGAGUGUCAUCAUCCACCUGCAAACCCCCUCUGCCCCCCCGGCCGUACCCUCAGGGCCUGCCCCCAUUCCCUGUGCACCCCCAUGUAUCCCUGAAUCCCUUUACCCCCUCCCCUCAGCUGCACUACGCCCCAACUGUCAGCGGGAACCCCUUCAGUUCAAUCUACGGACCCCCACCCCCGUCAUAUCUACACACCCCCCCACAGUCCUUCUCCACACUACCUGGACUCUACAGACCGCACUCACCAGGCAGCUCCACCCUGCCCCCUACCUUUGGACUCAUCCCCUCAGCCUUCCCCACCUCCCUGCCCUCCUCCUCCAGUAACCACGCCCUCUCCAGCCUGGUGGACUCCUCCUCCUCCUCCUCCUGUACGAAGCCCAUCCGACCCGAGGAGGACUCUCAGAGCGCUCAGGAUCUGUUUGGGGAUCUGCUGACUUUAGCCAAGCCUGCAACGCCCCAGAAGAAGAAGGUGGAGGACCUGAGGAGAAGGUGGGAGACGUUUGACUGAGACUGUGAAUAUAAACAGACCCCUCCCCCCCAAGACCACACCUCCACCCACCUUUCUCACCACACUCACUAAACUCACAGCAAAACCAGGACCUUCUGUUGCAGUUGAAGAGAAACACCUGCUCUAAAGAGUAAAACUGAUUCGCAGGUGAGUUUGGACCAAAGUCACAUGACACAGCUUGAGUUUACUACAAGUUUCUGGGAGGGCCGAGCUUUAAGGUUUGACACUCAAACGAGAGCGAGUAAAACUUGCUCAUCUUAAAACACCAGAUGUUUUACAACUUUCUAACCGUUAAUCUCAAAACUAUGACUGAUUUUGUUGAAAUGAAGUUCAAAAUCAUGCGGAGAAAUGAGAAAUAUCAGUAUUAAUGGACUCGGACAGUGUCUGACAUUUCUGUAGCAGGUCAGACUCUGUCACGGUGUCAGAUUAGGCGAUCGUGGAGCCAGAAACUAGAUGACACACAGAAAUGCGUCUCCUAUUUAUCUCCAUCAUUUCUCUGCUUUUUAGUCUACUGUGGUCAUUAUCAUAUUAUCAUAUCUUCAAAGUAGGGAUGUUGAUGUCAGAGCUUCAUAAACGUUUCCUCGGUCACACAUUAGGAUUGCAAUCAAUUGAGCUUAUUGAUCAAGUUCUUUCUCGGUUCCUGUGGCUGUUCUCAGUGGAAAAAAAAGAGGUCUGUAAAGGGGUUUACCAAACAAGAAUUUUUUGUGGGUUAGAUGUUGGAGUGACUGAAAUUUUAAAGAAAUCUGGUGGCAAAAGAGACAGAAACGAUUGAUGCCUCAACAUAGCGAUCAGCAAUGAAACGUAUUGUUCCUCUGUUUUCCUUAAUGCCUGUAAAUGCUGUGAAUAAUGAUUGACAGCAGGCGGAACAAACAGUCUUUUUCAACUCCUCCACAUCAGAUAUUCACAUGUAAUGACAUGUUUCACUGUUUGACCACAGGAUGAGGUUUUGGGCUGAAAAUACAUUUCGUCCACAGAGGGCACCAAAAUCUGUUCAAACCAAAAGUUUCUUACUGAAGCUUUAAAGUUUUGUUGUUAUUUUUUUACAUUUUUUACAUGCAGACUAUGCAGUAGUUCUGCAGAUUGUCUGAAAAUUACAAUCAGAGUCCGAAUAUAUUUGCAUAUCAUUAUAACCUCUGUAGAGAGAGCUUGUAUUUAUCUGCUGGUCCUCUGCAGGAUUAAUAUUUCGUUGCCUAGGCAUAACAGAAUCACAUGCAUGAGGUCUGCAAACAUGAAGCAAAGGUUAAAAUCAUUUCAAUUUGUCAUUAAGCAUCAAUUCACAUGAUUUCAAUCUAAAACCUGUAAACUGCACUUACCAGGAGAAGCAAAGGAGUCUAAAUAAUCAUGUUAAAUCAAUUUAAACUUUGUGUCUUUGACAUACUACUGUCCUCAUCGCUGUUUACGAGUAUUGAGAAAUGGAUUUCUUUACAAAAGUAGGUGGUGAUAUUCCCCUCUAAAACUCAUAAAUACUUAACUAUCUCCCAGUUAAUCUAUAACAUCAUGUACCAAAACAAUUGACAAACAUGGAGGCAAGAUUCUAACAGGUUGUACACCAAACGAUGAAAACACCAACAACUUCACAGCUCUGAACCUCGUAACUGCUUUGUCUUUUUUUACAUCCCUUCUUUGUUGAGGUUUUGUUUACCAUCCAGCUUUUUACAGUCCAUUUAUGCAUCUGAGCAUGCUCAGAAAAUUACAGAGCCCUUUGGGUGCACAUAGUUUCCAAUUUAUGUGCACAGGUUUGUAAUCUGUGAGAACCAAUUUGUGCUGAACAGUAUGUGCAGUUAAUAAUCCUUGGAAAUAUAUUUGUCAUCCUUGAAUUAUCAUUUCACAUACACAGGAUUUUAAUCAUGCACAGGUUUGCACGUGGCUCUCUCUUUUCUUAGCUUGGCACCUGAAGGGCUCUGUGUGAAGUGAAUCCGUCAGCCGACAGGUUGUUUGGCUGCAGACAACAGUUUUCAUGAUAGGGUAUCUGCACAAUGUGUAUCUGCUGCCCCUAGUGGUAAAAUACCGUUAUGACAAGGUAAAAUUCAAAAGAUCACAAUUUUAUAAUAAUAACAAUAAGUGAGAUUUUUCCAAACUAAUGGAGAACAAAAAUGUUAUUGUUGAAGCUUUUAAUACUGAACACAGUUUGUAUGAAAAAAAAACAUUUUAUUGUUGUUAUGAAGUGAUUUUUUUGUGUUUCUGAUUUUCGUGUGUAGUAUAAGAUGAAACAUGAUCACUGCAACAGAAGGUCCUGAUUGAAACCCCUCUCUCUCUCUCUCUCUCUCUCACACACACACACACACACACACACACACACACACCAUUCUCUAAUUUGAGCUCUCCAGCUGACCAGUGGCAGACUCCGGAGCUCCUCUGAGCCUGAGGAUCACAUGACUCUGGGUUUUUUUGUGUUGCAGGCCUUGUUUUAAGAUGAUGUGAUGCCAACAGCUAGUCUCUCUCUGACUGAAUGCUAACCUGAUUCUUUGCACAGCAGCCUCUCUGUCUUUAAUGCACCAUGUUAGCGUAGCAUCAGUUUAGAUCUGUGACUCUGAAAACAUCAUGCACUCUUUCUUCAAGACGACAUGUUAUAAACAGGAUCCGUCUGGAUGAUGUCGACCUCUGAGAUUAGUUUGUAUUGUCGGUAGCUUUAGCUGAUGAACUCCCUGUCAGUAGCUACAGUGUGGUGCGUCUCAGUCAUGCAGUAAAUUCACUUUUUAAUCUUUGUUUCUGGCCUUCAUGGUGAGAUCCGCUCUGUUUCUCUCUGAUCUGUGAAAAACUUUUGCCUCUUCUUGUUUGAAUUAUGAACAAUUUUGUCACGUCUCUGAGAUUAUUUUCAGCUCCUGACUGAUUUAGUUUUUUUGUUUUUGUUUUUUUUUUGGCACUUUGAAAUCUUUGUCGUAAAUUCUGUUGUUUUAAAUCCUCUUUUGCCAAUAUCUGCACUAUGAUUCCCUUCUGUUGUCGUUGUUUAUUAUUUUGCCUUACUAACCUCUCUGUGAUUGGCUGAAGACCCCCAGCUUCCUCUCAAACAGCAGACUCUCUCUCUCGCCUCUUUGGGUGUUUUCGAGGCGUUCAUGUGUCUGAUGCCAAAAAGUCCUUCAGGCUUUAAAAGCUGUACAGGUGUAGUUACUGUUGUGUGUGUUUGUGUACAGAUGACACUAUAUUUGUUCAAAGACUGAUUAAAGAGUGCUGACUGGUAAUUCUCAUGUACGAUCUCAUCCUCACACUGCACUUAUUAAAAAUCCACCUGAGUCAGUUCAUCUGUGCAAGAAGUGCAGAUAAGCUGUUAUGUUUUUUAAAGAUGAAGGUGAUCCAGCUUAUGUCUUCUUCACAAGAUAUCUCAAUAAAUAAGUUUGAUUUAAUACAUUUGUGUUUAAAAAUGCAUGAAUUUAAUAUCAAUCUUAUUAAUCUUAUAUUUAGUGAGGAACAUCACAUUGAGAUUUAAAAUGUCCUCAAAGGGAUAUUCCGGUGUAAAAUUAAUUUAGGGUCAAACACCCCGUCAAGAGACGAAUGUUGCCGACCGCUUGCUUUACUAGUUAUACUAACUUUAGUAACAACCGCAGGACAGCUAUACACAGCAGUCUGAGGAGCCAUAGACAAACCUCAACCAAAAAGCCACUCUAUAGCCACAUAUAAUGCUCAGAGCAGCACCUAACUUCAUCAACAGUACUUCCAGCCACAGCCACCAAACAUCUUUUUAACUUUGCCUUAUUUCUUUAGCAAAGAGACUAAACACAACUCACCUACUCUCUUCCAGCAGCCGCUUGUUUGUAGCGAGACCUCGGUCCAGUCCAUUACGGACUGCGGUGGGGUGACGCAGCUCAAGGAAGAACAUUUAUGAUCAUUUCUUCAUGGAAAUGCAAUCAGACCGAGACGCUAAGGCAGAAGAACUACCAAAAUUAUUAAUAUGGUGAUUAUUACUUCAAGGACAUGAUAAAGUAAUGAUCAUAAAUGUUCUUCCUUGAGGGUGAAGGGUCAGCCGAGCAGCCCUGUUUUACAAUUUUCACUGAAAAUAUUCACAAUAAAUGAAAAAGUUGACUAAAGGUGAGAUUUUUUUUUCAUACUAUUAAAGCGCGUAAAGGACAAGAUAGCAAAGAUUGCUCUGUCCACAAGAGGGCGCCAGCAUAGACAACCCAGUGCAGGAACUUGAAUCUCAAUUUCUAGUUCCUCCUGAGGUUUGGCCGAUGUACAUUAUAGAGUUUAGUCACUUCAGAGAGAUUUUUUUUUAUUGCAGGUUUCAUUUUGAAUAAAAUAUUUGGAAUUAUGUACAACAAAAACAAAAAUAAAAACAGUGAAAUGCCGUGCAGCAGAGACCUACAUUCUUAUUCAAGGAUUACAUUUAAAAAACAAACUAACACAGUGCGCCACAUUGGUCACACCUCUCACAUUUACAAUCAAGGAUAGAGUUUUCAUUUCAUUUCACAUGUAUUUCAAAGUGCCUUCUGUACAAACUUGAUAUCAGCAGAUGUUUUCCCCUGUUUGAACAGAUUUUCUUUAAAUCACAUAAACAGAUUUAGUGAAUCUGCUACUGAAGAGGAGAGGCCGACAUCAGCAGAGACUCCCUUUAUGAGACACUAACAGUAAAACUCACAGUCCUGCAAAAUUAACUCACAAAAUGAACAUAAAUAUACAAACUGUACAAGAUUUAAUAAAGAGAGAGAGAGCUGCAGGUUAGAAAAAUAUACACAACAGGCUGCAGCAUCCACAGCGAGGAAACUAAACUCUUGUAACUCAUGAGGAUACCAAAUAGCUCUGUGCAUUUAAAAAAUGACACACAGAGAGAAACUGCGACAUCUGCAGCUUCUGCUUUAAAACAGUAUUUGAUACUUACACUUAUUUGUUUAGAAUUUUAAAAAGUCUGAGUGAUGCCAUGAUGGCCACGAUUCAUAGUAAUUAACCCUGGGAACUUGCUCCAUUAACACACAACAGUUGAGUAAACAGAUAUACCUUAUCGAUCCCAAACUGGGAAGCACCUGCUGCAUAAAGAUGUAAACUUGCACACUGCCAUCUUUGCAACAGGUUAUAAUUAUUUAAUGCAUCUACUCAAAUGACAUGCAGCUUAUAUUACUAUUCUUUUCACAUUUUUAUUGUGCGCUUAAUGCAUAUCAAUAAUAAGCCAAUUUCAGUGAAAAUGUGAAUACAAAUUACAAAAAGCAAAUGCAAGGCUCAGGUAUAGGAUGCAUUGCAGCAGAGGAGUUUCAGUCUCUUUGUGCGUGAUAAAGCUGCAGUGCAAACAGACACACUCAGUACAUUGCUGUACCACAGAUAAAACUUUUGAUUGACUUCCAAGUGUUUCUCCAGCUUUUCUGCCCAGAUUAUUUUGUGCAUAAAUUUAGAACUGCCCAUGAAAACCAACAUCCUUUUUAUUUUUUCUGUUUUCUAGAAGAAAAUCCUUUCAUAGAUGCAUAUGACAUGGAAAGCAGAAAACUAAAAUGUGUUGUGCUUGUGGAGCAUUUUUCAAAUCAGAGUCAGCCUCUAGUGGCUAAAGGAGGAACUGCCGCGUUUGCCUCCUGUGCCUCUGACACACCACGAUGUUCUCCAGUGUAGGUUUUCAGCUGCAGCACAGAAGAAGCAACAUCCUCUGAAACAGCAUGAGAUGUUACCCAUGAACUGUCUGUGCAGAGUCUUGAUAUCAAGCUCCUAAAUUGUCCUCUGAAGAUGAGUCCAGGAUGUCAGAACAGGUUAAAACCCUGUAAGAGACAAACUACAGCGUACAGACUUCUAUAGCAAAUCAUCUUCGUUCCCUGUUGGAGAGCUUCUGCAAGCAACUGCAGGAUUCUCAACACCUUCACAGCAGUCAUGAGCCUGUACCGGCUCCCUACCAGCAGGGAUGGGGGGCUCUAUACUGCAUCACACUCAUCCUAAUGCAGGUGUUCAGAAGAUGUCAAAGUUUCUCAGUGAGUCUGGUGCAGCAUGCUGCAGAGCUCAUGUCCUCACUGUCGCUCCUCUAUGCUUAAGUCUGAGGGGUGAGGGUGUUUCAGGGUGUCAGAUCAGUCUCUCCUCAGGUGGCACCUUCAGCAUGCUGUCCAUCUCCAGCCGAGCCCCUGCCAGCUCCUGAGUACUAGGGCUGUACGCUCCUUCAGACUGACGCUUCUUCCUGGCCGUGAGCACCAUGAAGACCAGGCCGAUGAUGAGGAUGAGUACGCAGCAGCAGAGCAGAGGGAUGGCCACCACCAGCCAGGGGACGCCCUGAGUGUGGGCCUGUUUCUGCACACACAGAGGUAGAAGUGGAGGAGGAUGUUAGUGCGGGAUGCUAAAUAACUUUUGAAUACAAAAAGUUAGAAAAGAAGAAGUGAAAUAUACUCACGUUUAACUCACAGGUUGGACCGCUGUAACCCGGUAAACAUUCACACACAAACAUGUUAAAUCGAUCCAAACAGGCGCCUCCAUUUCUGCACGGGUUCGACUCACAUUCAUCAAUCUCUUGCUCACACCUGCAGCACACAAAACAAAAGAGAUGGAGGGAUUAAAUAUAGUAACAAGUAAUCAAUUCAUCAAAUUAGUUGAUUGCUUGUUUAUGAAUUUAUAUGAAGUGCAUAAGGUGUUUAAAGUGCAAAGGUGAGCUUCACAGUGCUACAGUGCUGCUGUAUCGCACAUGAUCAUAAUCAUACAGCAUGCAUUGAUAUGUUGAUAGAUGCAAUACUGCACUAGCUGCAUUCAUAGAUGCAUGAAUGUAUUUAUGCACAACAUGACUGAUGAAUCAGCUUUUUUGUAACUCAGAAUUUUCCAUUAACUCCUGGAAUAUUUAUCACACACAUCCCUCAUAUAAUAGGAGAGAAACUUGGCACUAUUAUGAGAGAAGGACACUUCUACAGUCUGAUCGUUCGUGCUCUUUGAAUGUCUCUGCAUGACUUCAGUACAGCUCUGUGUCGACUGAGCUUACCUUGUGCCUGUGAAACCUGGCAUACAGGUACAGUUAGCCCCCCACAACCCAUCAGAGCAGACCCCAUCAUUUGCACACUGAAGGUCUUUAUCACACUGGAUUGGAGGAUAGAUCCACCUGUUGAACAAAAAAAAAAAACACAUUCAUAAAAAUAUAUUUUACUUUGAAGGAGAUUGAAAUGAAUCUGAUUUUAGCAGAAGCUACAGAUGAAUUCAGUUUUGGACCCUCAGUCUUCCUGUCUGUCUGUGUAAGCACUCACUGGCAGUGGGGGCCUCUGUAGUCCUGGGGGCAGAUGCAGGUGAAGGUGUUGGCGCCGUCCACGCAUGUCCCUCCGUGCUCGCAGGCGUCAUGCUCACACUCGUCCACGUCCUUCUCACACAGAGUACCGUCGUAUCCGGGGUCACACCUGCACUCAAACCCUGCCAGGUAGUCCUUACAGCUGCCGUGCACACAGGGCUGAGAUGCACACUCGUCCACGUCCGUCUCACACAGCUCUCCCCCCCAGCCCAGGUCGCACGCACACCUGAACUUGUUGAACAGGUCCUCACAGGUAGCACCAUUCAGACACGGAUCUGACACGCACACAGGAGCACUGCUGCACCCUAGUUUGAUCUGUGGUUUACCAUGAAGGUGGAACUGAGACUUCUGAGGGGGUUGGUAGCUAUCCACAAAGGGCAGGUAGACCCCGCCCACCCUGACCGCCCCUAGACACCCGGUGAAGCUCUCUGCGAUCGCCACCAUGGCCCCCUUCUCAUUCAGAAACCGCAGACUUCCUGUCCUCUGCGGCAGGCUGCUGGCGUCUGUGAUCCCAUCCACAGUGAUGACCCAAGAAGACGCUUUACGCCCCAGCUCAGCCUGCGCGAUGUUCACACGGUGCCAGUUCCCGUCAGCCACUCGCCGCACCCCUGUGAAGGUCAGAGUCUCCACACUGUUCCCCGUGUGGAUCUCCACCUGCACCGAGGAGUCCAGCAAACCCACCAUGAGGAGGUCUGAGCCUGAGAACGCCCUCAGCAGGAUGGCGUUCUCUGAGCUGGUCCUCAGCUCCAUGUAGAUGUUAGAAACAGGCUCAGACAGAGAACCUGCAGCACUGUAGUGAACCGGGUUGUUCUCAAAGGUGGCGUUGUACACACCUGAGGGUCAGACACAGGUUAGUUUAUGAGAGGACCAGAAACUGCAUCACUUUCAACUUUAUAAUCAAAUGUAAUAUGUUAGCUUCCAACAUCUGAUCUGAAGUCUGAA